UGAGAAGAGCGGAGCAUGCUGGGAAGGGGGCGACUGUGCGCCAAUGACCAAGGCCCUGAACUACAAAUCCCAGCGGCCCCCGCGCGGAAGGGAGGUGUCGUACCGGAUGUCCGUUUCGGCUGCGGCCCGGACAGCAGCCUGAAGCCGCGGCUUUGGAAGUCACCCAGUCUCCGCGGGACCCCGGAGAUCGGGGAGAUCGGGGUGGGGGCUCGACCCCGAGGGAUCGCCAUGAUCCGAUUCAUCCUCAUCCAGAACCGAGCAGGCAAGACCCGCCUGGCCAAGUGGUACAUGCAGUUUGACGAUGACGAGAAGCAAAAGCUGAUCGAGGAGGUCCAUGCUGUGGUCACAGUCCGGGAUGCCAAGCACACCAAUUUUGUGGAGUUCCGCAACUUCAAGAUCAUUUAUCGCCGUUACGCCGGCCUCUACUUCUGCAUCUGUGUGGAUGUCAACGACAACAACCUGGCCUACCUGGAGGCCAUCCACAACUUCGUGGAGGUGUUAAACGAAUAUUUCCACAAUGUCUGUGAGCUGGACCUCGUCUUCAAUUUCUACAAGGUUUACACGGUGGUGGAUGAGAUGUUCCUGGCUGGCGAGAUCCGAGAGACAAGCCAGACGAAGGUGCUCAAACAGCUCUUGAUGCUGCAGUCCCUGGAAUGAGGGGGCCCAGGUGGUCCCCAGCCCGGGACGCCCACCCCCAGCCCCUGCCCCUCUGUCCUCCUCCCCCCAUUCCCCAGCAGAUGCUCUGAGUUUACCGUCUGGGACGGUGGGACCACACCCUGGCCGGGAUCAGGAGGAGGGGAGACCCCUGUGUGUGUGCCAUAGACCCUGUAACCCUGCUGUCAUGGCAGAGAUGUUGUGAGCAUGUGAACAAGCCUGUGUGUGUGUGCGUGUGCAUGUGUACAUAUGUGUGUACUUGGAGCUCCCAAUAAAGUUGUGGACCUGGCCUGCCCACUGCCUUCU